AUGAAAUCUAUAACUACUAAAAUUGAAGAAGGUGGGAAAGGUGUAGAAACUGAGGCCACAGCUGAGCAUACAGAAGGCACAGAAGAAAAUAAAGCUACAGGAAUAACAGAAGAUACUGAAUAUGUUGAAACUGAAAUCACAGCUAGGAAUACCAAAGGCAUUGUGGGAACUACAUCUACUGAAGUUGAAGAAGGUGCCGAAGGUGUAGAAACUGAAGCCCCAGCCAGCCAUACAGAAGGCACAGAACGAACUAAAGCUACAGGAGUUGCACAAGGUACUGAAUAUGUUGAAACUGAAACCACAGCUAAGCAUACCAGAGGCAUUGUGGGAACUACAACUACUGAAGUUGAAGAUGUUGCCGAAAGUGUAGAAAUUGAGGCCCCAGCUAGGCAUGCAGAAGGUACAAAACGAACCAAAGCUACAGGAGUUGCAGAAGAUACCGAAUAUGUUGAAACUGAAAUCACAGCUAAGCAUACCAAAGGCAUUAUGGGAACUACAUCUACUGAAGUUGAAGAAGGUGCCGAAAGUGUAGAAACUGAAACCCCAGUUAGGCAUACAGAAGGUACAGAAAGAACUAAAGCUACAGGAAUCCCAGAAGGUACUGAAUAUGUUGAAACUGAAACCACAGCUAAGCAUACCAAAGGCAUUGUGGGAACUACAUCUACUGAAGCUGAAGAAAGUGCCGAAAGUAUAGAAACUGAGGCCCCAGCUAGGCAUACAGAAGGUACAGAACGAACCAAAGCUACAAGAGUUGCAGAAGAUACAGAAUAUGUUGAAACUGAAACCACAGCUAAGCAAACCAAAGGCAUUGUGGGAACUACAUCUACUGAAGUUGAAGAAGGUGCCGAAAGUGUAGAAACUGAAGCCCCAGCUAGGCAUACAGAAGGUACAGAACGAACCAAAGCUACAGGAAUGCCAGAAGGUACUGAAUAUGUUGAAACUGAAACCACAGCUAAGCAUACCAAAGUCAUUGCGGGAACUACAUCUACUGAAGUUGAAGAAGGUGCCGAAAGUGUAGAAACUGAAGCCCCAGCUAGGCAUACAGAAGGUACAGAACGAACCAAAGCUACAGGAGUUGCAGAAGGUACUGAAUAUGUUGAAACUGAAACCACAGCUAAGCAUACCAAAGGCAUUGUGGGAACUACAUCUACUGAAGUUGAAGAAGGUGCCGAAAGUGUAGAAACUGAGGCCCCAGCUAGGCAUACAGAAGGUACAGAACGAACCAAAGCUACAGGAGUUGCAGAAGGUACUGAAUAUGUUGAAACUGAAAUCACAGCUAAGCAUACCAAAGGCAUUGUGGGAACUACAUAUACUGAAGUUGAAGAAGGUGCCCAAAGUGAAGAAACUGAGGCCCCAGCUAGGCAUACGGAAGGUACACAACGAACCAAAGCUAUAGGAGUAGCAGAAGGUACUGAAUAUGUUGAAACUGAAAUCACAGCUAAGCAUACCAAAGGCAUUGUGGGAACUACAUCUACUGAAGUUGAAGAAGGUGCCCAAAGUGUAGAAACUGAGGCCCCAGCUAGGCAUACGGAAGGUACACAACGAACCAAAGCUAUAGGAGUAGCAGAAGGUACUGAAUAUGUUGAAACUGAAGCCACAGCUAAGCAUACCAAAGGCAUUGUGGGAACUACAUCUACUGAAGUUGAAGAAGGUGCCGUAAGUGUAGAAACUGAGGCCCCAGCUAGGCAUACAGAAGGUACAGAAAGAACUAAAACUACAGGAAUGCCAGAAGGUACUGAAUAUGUUGAAACUGAAACCACAGCUAAGCAUACCAAAGGCAUUGUGGGAACUACAUCUACUGAAGUUGAAGAAGGUGCCGAAAGUGUAGAAACUGAAGCCCCAGCUAGGCAUACAGAAGGUAUAGAGCGAACCAAAGCUACAGGAGUUGCAGAAGGUACUGAAUAUGUUGAAACAGUAAUCACAGCUAAGCAUACCAAAGGCAUUGUGGGAACUACAUCUACUGAAGUUGAAGAAGGUGCCGAAAGUGUAGAAACAUCCGAACCUUCCCCAGCUUGGCAUACAGAAGGUACAGAAAGAACUAAAGCUACAGGAAUGCCAGAAGGUACUGAAUCUGUUGGAACUGAAGCCAAAGGCAUUGUGGGAACUACAUCUACUGAAGUUGAAGAAGGUGCUAGGCAUACAGCAGGUACAGAGGCAACUAUAGCUACAAGAAUACCGGAAGGUACUGAACAUGCUGAAGCAGAAGUCACUGCUGAAUAUACUGAAGCUACCGGAAUUGCGGAAGGUACUGAACAUGCUGGAACAGAAACCACUGCUGAACAUACUGAAGGCACAGAGGCAACUAUAUCUACCGGAGUAGCGGAAGGUACUGAACAUGCUGAAACAGAAACCACUGCUGAACAAACUGAAGGCACAGAGGAAACUAUAGCUACCGGAAUAACAGAAGGCACUGAACAUGCUGAAACAGAAGUCACGGCCGAGCAUGCUGAAGUUACCGAAAUAGAGGAAAGUACUGAAAAUGCUGAAGCAGAAACCACUGCUGAACAUUCUGAAGCCACAGAGGCAACUGUAGCUACCGGAAUAGCAGAAGGUACUGAGCAUGCUGAAACAGAAGUAACUGUUAAAUAUACUAAAGGCACAGAGGCAACUUUAGCUACGGGAACAGCAGAAGGUACUAUGCAUGCUGAAACAGAAGCCACUGCUGAACAUACUGAAGGCACAGAGGCAACUAUAGCUACCGGAAUUGCAGAAGGUACUGUGCAUGCCGAAACAGAAGUCACUGCUGAAUAUACUGAAGCUACCAGAAUUGCGGAAGGUACUGAACAUGCUGCAACAGAAACCACUGCUGAACGUACUGAAGGCACAGCGGCAACUACAUCUACCGGAAUAGCGGAAGGUACUGAACAUGCUGAAACGGAAGCAACUGCUGAACAUACUGAAGCUACCGGAAUUGCGGAAGGUACUGAACAUGCUGCAACAGAAACCACUGCUGAACAUACUGAAGGCACAGGGGCAACUAUAGCUUUGGGAAUAGCAGAAGGUACUGAACAUGUUGGAACGGAAGCUACUGCUGAGCAUACUGAAGGUACUGGAAUAGCGGAGGGUACUGAACAUGCUGAAACAGAAACCACUGCCGAACAUACUGAAGGUACAGAAGCAAUUACAGCUACCGGAAUAACAGCAGGCACUGAACAUGCUGAAACAGAAGCCGCGGCUGAGCAUACUAGAGUUACCGGAAUAGCGGAAGGUACUGAAUAUGCUGAAACAGAAACCACUGCGGAAUAUACUGAAGGUACAGAAGCAACUACAGCUACCGGAAUAACAGCAGGCACUGAACAUGCUGAAACAGAAGCCGCGGCUGAGCAUACUGGAGUUACCGGAAUAGCGGAAGGUACUGAACAUGCUGAAACAGAAACCACUGCUGAACAUACUGAAGGCACAGAGGCAACUAUAUCUACCGGAAUAGCAGAAGGUACUGAACAUGCUGAAACUGAAGUAACUGCUGAAUAUACUGAAGCUACCGGAAUUGCGGAAGGUACUGAACAUGCUGCAACAAAAACCACUGCUGAACAUACUGAAGGCACAGAGGCAACUAUAGCUUUGGGAAUAGCAGAAGGUACUGAACAUGAUGGAACGGAAGCCACUGCUGAGCAUACUGAAGCUACCGGAAUAGCGGAAGGUACUGGACAUGCUGAAACAGAAACCACUGCCGAACAUACUGAAGGCACAGAAGCAACUAUAGCUACCGGAAUAACAGCAGGCACUGAACAUGCUGAAACAGAAACCGCGGCUGAGCAUACUGGAGUUACCGGAAUAGCGGAAGGUACUGAACAUGCUGAAACAGAAACCACUGCUGAACAAACUGAAGGCACAGAGGAAACUAUAGCUACCGGAAUAGCAGAAGGUACUGAGCAUGCCGAAACAGAAGUCACUGCUGAAUAUACUGAAGCUACCGGAAUUGCGGAAGGUACUGAAUAUGCUGCAACAGAAACCACUGCUGAACAUACUGAAGGCACAGAGGUAACUAUAUCUACCGGAGUAGUGGAAAGUACUGAACAUGCUGAAACAGAAGCCACUGCUGAGCAUACUGAAGCCACAGUGGCAACUAUAGCUACCGGAAUAGCAGAAGGUACUGAGCAUGCUGGAACAGAAGCCACUGCUAAGCACACUGAAGCUACCGGAAUAGCGGAAGGGACUGAACAUGCUGAAACAUAUGCCACUGCUGAGCAUACUGAAGCCACAGUGGCAACUAUUGCUACAGGAAUAGCAGAAGGCACUGAACAUGCUGAAACAGAAGUCACGGCCGAGCAUGCUGAAGUUACCGAAAUAGAGGAAAGUACUGAAAAUGCUGAAGCAGAAACCACUGCUGAACUUUCUGAAGCCACAGAGGCAACUAUAGCUACCGGAAUAGCAGAAGGUACUGAACAUGCUGAAACAGAAGUAACUGUUAAAUAUACUAAAGGCACAGAGGCAACUUUAGCUACGGGAACAGCAGAAGGUACUACGCAUGCUGAAACAGAAGCCACUGCUGAACAUACUGAAGCUACCGGAAUUGCGGAAGGUACUGAACAUGCUGCAACAGAAACCACUGCUGAACGUACUGAAGGCACAGCGGCAACUAUAGCUUUGGGAAUAGCAGAAGGUACUGAACAUGCUGGAACGGAAGCUACUGCUGAGCAUACUGAAGGUACUGGAAUAGCGGAAGGUACUGAACAUGCUGAAACAGAAACCACUGCUGAACAUACUGAAGGCACAGAAGCAACUAUAGCUACCGGAAUAACAGCAGGCACUGAACAUGCUGAAACAGAAGCAGCGGCUGAGCAUACUGGAGUUACCGGAAUAGCGGAAGGUACUGAACACGCUGAAACAGAAACCACUGCUGAACUUACUGAAGGCACAGAAGAAACUAUAGCUACAGGAAUAGCAGUAGGUCCUGAGCAUGCCGAAGCAGAAGUCACUGCUGAAUAUACUGAAGCUACCGGAAUUGCAGAAGGUACUGAACAUGCUGAAACAGAAACCACUGCCGAACAUACUGAAGGUACAGGAGCAAUUACAGCUGCCGGAAUAACAGCAGGCACUGAACAUGCUGAAACAGAAGCCGCGGCUGAGCAUACUGAAGGUACAGAGCAUGCCGAAACAGAAGUCACUGCUGAAUAUACUGAAGCUACCGGAAUUGCGGAAGGUACUGAACAUGCUGCAACAGAAACCACUGCUGAACAUACUGAAGGCACAGAGGCAACUAUAUCUACCGGAAUAGCGGAAGGUACUGAGCAUGCUGAAACAGAAGUAACUGUUAAACAUACUAAAGGCACAGAGGCAACUUUAGCUACGGGAACAGCAGAAGGUACUACGCAUGCUGCAUCUGAAGCCACUGCUGAACAUACUGAAGGCACAGAGGCAACUAUAUCUACCGGAAUAGCAGGAGGUACUGAACAUGCUGAAACAAAAGCAACUGCUGAAUAUACUGAAGCUACCGGAAUUGCGGAAGGUACUGAACAUGCUGCAACAGAAACCACUGCUGAACGUACUGAAGGCACAGAGGCAACUAUAGCUUUGGGAAUAGCAGAAGGUACUGAACAUGCUGGAACGGAAGCUACUGCUGAGCAUACUGAAGCUACCGGAAUAGCGGAAGGUACUGAACAUGCUGAAACAGAAACCACUGCCGAACAUACUGAAGGCACAGAAGCAACUAUAGCUACCGGAAUAACAGCAGGCACUGUACAUGCUGAAACAGAAGCCGCGGCUGAGCAUACUGGAGUUACCGGAAUAGCGGAAGGUACUGAACAUGCUGAAACAGAAACCACUGCUGAACAUACUGAAGGCACAGAGGAAACUAUAGCUACCGGAAUAGCAGAAGGUACUGAGCAUGCCGAAACAGAAGUCACUGCUGAAUAUACUGAAGCUACCGGAAUUGCGGAAGGUACUGAACAUGCUGCAACAGAAACCACUGCUGAACAUACUGAAGGCACAGAGGCAACUAUAUCUACCGGAAUAGCGGAAGGUACUGAACAUGCUGAAACAGAAGCAACUGCUGAGCGUACUGAAAGCACAGAGGCAAACAUAGCUACCGGAAUAACAGAAGGCACUGAACAUGCUGAAACAGAAGUCACGGCCGAACAUACUGAAGUUCCCGGAAUAGCAGAAGGUACUGAGCAUGCUGAAACAGAAGCAAUUGUUAAACAUACUGAAGGCACAGAGGCAACUAUAGCUACGGAAAUAGCAGAAGGUACUGAGCAUGCUGAAACAGAAGCCACUGCUGAACAUACUGAAGGCACAGAGGCAACUAUAGCUACCGAAAUAAUAGAAGGCACUGAAUAUGCUGAAACAGAAGCCACGGCUGUACAUACUGAAGUUACCGGAAGAGCGGAAGGUACCGAACAUGCCGAAACAGAAGAAACUGUUGAGCAUACUGAAGGCACAGAGUCAACUAUAGCUACAGUAAUAGCAGAAGGCUCUGAACAUGCUGGAACACAAGCUACUGCUGAACAUACUGAAGGCACAGAGGCAACUAUAGCUACAGGAAUAGCGGAAGGUACUGCACAUGCUGAAACAGAAGGCACUGCUGAACAUACUGGAGGCACAGAGGCAACUAUAGCUACCGGCAUUGCAGAAGGUACUGAGCAUGCCGAAACAGAAGCCACUGCUGUGCAUACUAAAGGCACAGAGGGAGCUAUAGCUACAGGAAUAGCAGAAGGCACUGAACAUGCUGGAACAGUAUCCACUGCUGAGCAUACUGAACCGACCGGAAUAGCUGAAGGUACUGACCAUGUUGGAACAGGAGAAAGUGCAGAGCAUACUGAAGGCACAGAGGCAACUAUAGCUACAGGAAUAGCAGAAGGUACUGAACGUGCUGGAACAGAAGCUACUGCUGAGCAUACUGAAGGCACAGAGGCAACUACAACUACAGGGAUAGCAGAAAGUACUGAACAUGCUGGAAUAGAACCUACUGCUGAGCAUACUGAAGCUACUGGAAUAGCGGGAGGUACUGAACAUGCUGGAACAGAAGCCACUAAUGAGCAUACUGAAGCUACAGGAAUAGCUGCAGGUACUGAGCAUGCUGAAACAGAAGCCACUACUGAACAUACUGAAGUCACAGAGGCAACAAUAGCUACAGGAAUAGCAGAAGGUACUGAACAUGCUGGAACAGAAGCCACUUCUAAGCAUAGUGAAGGCACAGAGGCAACUAUAGCUCCAGGAAUAGCAGAAGGUACUGAACACGAUGGAACAGAAGCUACUGCUGAGCAUACUGAAGCUACUGGAAUAGCGGAAGGUACCGUACAUGUUGGAACAGAAGCCACAGCUGAGCAUACUGAAGGCACAGAGGCAACUAUAGCUACAGGAAUAACAGAAGGUUCUGAACAUGCUGGAACAGAAGCCACUGCAGAACAUACUGAAGGCACAGAGGCCACUAUAGCUACAGGAAUAGCAGAAGGCACUGAACAUGCUGGAACACAAGCUACUGCAGAGCAUACUGAAGGCACAGAGGCAACUAUAGGUUCAGAGAGAACUAUCGCUACAGGGAUAGGGGAAGGUACUGAGCAUGCUGAAACAGAAGCCACUGCUGAACAUAAUGAAGUCACAGAGGCAACAAUAGUUACAGGAAUAGCAGAAGGUACUGAACAUGCUGGAACAGAAGCCACUUCUGAGCAUACUGAAGGCACAGAGGCAACUAUAGCUCCAGGAAUAGCAGAAGGUACUGAACACGCUGGAACAGAAGCUACUGCUGAGCAUACUGAAGCUACCGGAAUACCUGAAGGUACUGAACGUGCAGGAAUAGAAGCCACUGCUGAGCGUACUGAAGGCACAUUUGCAACUAUAGGUUUAGAGGGAACUAUAGCUACAGGGAUAGCGGAAGGUACUGAGCAUGCUGAAACAGAAGCCACUGCUGAGCAUACUGAAGGCACAGAGGCAACUAUAGCUAUAGGAAUAGCAGAAGGUACUGAACAUGCUGGAACAGAAGCCACUUCUGAACAUACUGAAGGCACAGAGGCAACUAUAGCUACCGGAAUAGCUGAGGGUACUGAACAUGCUAGAACAGAAGCCACUUCUGAACAUACUGAAGGCACAGAGGCAACUAUAGCUACCGGAAUAGCAGAAGGUACGGAACAUGCUGGAACAGAAGCUACUGCUGAGCCUACUGAAGGGACAGAGGCAACUAUACCUACAGGAAUAGCAGAAGGUACUGAACGUGCUGGAACAGAAGCUACUGCUGAGCAUACUGAAGGCACGGAGGCAACUAUAGCUACAGGAAUAGCAGAAGGUACUGAACAUGCUGGAAUAGAACUUACUGCUGAGCAUACUGAAGCUACUGGAAUGGCGGGAGGUACUGAACUUGCUGGAAAAGGAGCCACUAAUGAGCAUACUGAAGCUACAGGAAUAGCUAAAGGUACUGAGCAUGCUGAAACAGAAGUCACUGCUGAACAUACUGAAGUCACAGGGGCAACUAUAGCUACAGGAAUAGCUGAAGGUACUGAACAUGCUGGAACAGAAGUCACUGCUGAACAUACUGAAGGCGCAGAGGCAACAAUAGCUACAGAAAUAGCAGAAGAUACUGAACAUGCUGGAACAGAAGUUACUGCUUUGCAUACUGAAGGCACAGAGGCAACUAUAGCUACAGGAAUAGCAGAAGGCACUGAACAUGUUGGAACAGUAGCCACUGCAGAGCAUACUGAAGCGACCGGAAUGGCUGAAGGUACUGACCAUGCUGGAACAGAAGCCAGUGCAGAGCAUAUUGAAGGUACAGAGGCAACUAUAGCUCCAGGAUUAGCAGAAGGUACUGAACAUGCUGGAACAGAAGCCACGGCUGAGCGAACUGAAGGCUCAAAGGCAACUAUAGGUUCAAAGGGAACUAUAGCUACAGGAAUAGCAGAAGGCACUGAACAUGCUGGAACAGAAGCCACUGCUGAGCAUACUAUAGCUACCGGAAUAGCUGAAGGUACUGAACAUGCUGAAACAGAAGCAACUGCUGGGCGUACUGAAAGCACAGAGGCAAACAUAGCUACCGGAAUAACAGAAGGCACUGAACAUGCUGAAACAGAAGUCACGGCCGAACAUACUGAAGUUACCGGAAUAGCAGAAGGUACUGAGCAUGCUGAAACAGAAGCAAUUGUUAAACAUACUGAAGGCACAGAGGCAACUAUAGCUACGGAAAUAGCAGAAGGUACUGAGCAUGCUGAAACAGAAGCCACUGCUGAACAUACUGAAGGCACAGAGGCAACUAUAGCUACCGAAAUAAUAGAAGGCACUGAAUAUGCUCAAACAGAAGCCACGGCUGUACAUACUGAAGUUACCGGAAGAGUGGAAGGUACCGAACAUGCCGAAACAGAAGAAACUGUUGAGCAUACUGAAGGCACAGAGUCAACUAUAGCUACAGUAAUAGCAGAAGGCUCUGAACAUGCUGGAACACAAGCUACUGCUGAACAUACUGAAGGCACAGAGGCAACUAUAGCUACAGGAAUAGCGGAAGGUACUGCACAUGCUGAAACAGAAGGCACUGCUGAACAUACUGAAGGCACAGAGGCAACUAUAGCUACCGGCAUUGCAGAAGGUACUGAGCAUGCCGAAACAGAAGCCACUGCUGUGCAUACUAAAGGCACAGAGGGAGCUAUAGCUACAGGAAUAGCAGAAGGCACUGAACAUGCUGGAACAGUAUCCACUGCUGAGCAUACUGAACCGACCGGAAUAGCUGAAGGUACUGACCAUGUUGGAACAGGAGAAAGUGCAGAGCAUACUGAAGGCACAGAGGCAACUAUAGCUACAGGAAUAGCAGAAGGUACUGAACGUGCUGGAACAGAAGCUACUGCUGAGCAUACUGAAGGCACAGAGGCAACUACAACUACAGGGAUAGCAGAAAGUACUGAACAUGCUGGAAUAGAACCUACUGCUGAGCAUACUGAAGCUACUGGAAUAGCGGGAGGUACUGAACAUGCUGGAACAGAAGCCACUAAUGAGCAUACUGAAGCUACAGGAAUAGCUGCAGGUACUGAGCAUGCUGAAACAGAAGCCACUACUGAACAUACUGAAGUCACAGAGGCAACAAUAGCUACAGGAAUAGCAGAAGGUACUGAACAUGCUGGAACAGAAGCCACUUCUAAGCAUACUGAAGGCACAGAGGCAACUAUAGCUCCAGGAAUAGCAGAAGGUACUGAACACGAUGGAACAGAAGCUACUGCUGAGCAUACUGAAGCUACUGGAAUAGCGGAAGGUACUGUAAAUGUUGGAACAGAAGCCACAGCUGAGCAUACUGAAGGCACAGAGGCAACUAUAGCUACAGGAAUAACAGAAGGUUCUGAACAUGCUGGAACAGAAGCCACUGCAGAACAUACUGAAGGCACAGAGGCCACUAUAGCUACAGGAAUAGCAGAAGGCACUGAACAUGCUGGAACACAAGCUACUGCAGAGCAUACUGAAGGCACAGAGGCAACUAUAGGUUCAGAGAGAACUAUCGCUACAGGGAUAGGGGAAGGUACUGAGCAUGCUGAAACAGAAGCCACUGCUGAACAUAAUGAAGUCACAGAGGCAACAAUAGUUACAGGAAUAGCAGAAGGUACUGAACAUGUUGGAACAGAAGCCACUUCUGAGCAUACUGAAGGCACAGAGGCAACUAUAGCUCCAGGAAUAGCAGAAGGUACUGAACACGCUGGAACAGGAUCUACUGCUGAGCAUACUGAAGCUACCGGAAUACCUGAAGGUACUGAACGUGCAGGAAUAGAAGCCACUGCUGAGCGUACUGAAGGCACAUUUGCAACUAUAGGUUUAGAGGGAACUAUAGCUACAGGGAUAGCGGAAGGUACUGAGCAUGCUGAAACAGAAGCCACUGCUGAGCAUACUGAAGGCACAGAGGCAACUAUAGCUAUAGGAAUAGCAGAAGGUACUGAACAUGCUGGAACAGAAGCCACUUCUGAACAUACUGAAGGCACAGAGGCCACUAUAGCUACAGGAAUAGCAGAAGGCACUGAACAUGCUGGAACACAAGCUACUGCUGAACAUACUGAAGGCACAGAGGCAACUAUAGCUACCGGAAUAGCAGAAGGUACGGAACAUGCUGGAACAGAAGCUACUGCUGAGCCUACUGAAGGGACAGAGGCAACUAUACCUACAGGAAUAGCAGAAGGUACUGAACGUGCUGGAACAGAAGCUACUGCUGAGCAUACUGAAGGCACGGAGGCAACUAUAGCUACAGGAAUAGCAGAAGGUACUGAACAUGCUGGAAUAGAACUUACUGCUGAGCAUACUGAAGCUACUGGAAUGGCGGGAGGUACUGAACUUGCUGGAAAAGGAGCCACUAAUGAGCAUACUGAAGCUACAGGAAUAGCUAAAGGUACUGAGCAUGCUGAAACAGAAGUCACUGCUGAACAUACUGAAGGCGCAGAGGCAACAAUAGCUACAGAAAUAGCAGAAGAUACUGAACAUGCUGGAACAGAAGCUACUGCUGGGCAUACUGAAGGCACAGAGGCAACUAUAGCCACAGGAAUAGCAGAAGGUGCUGAACAUGCUGGAAUAGAACCUACUGCUGAGCAUACUGAAGCUACUGGAAUGGCGGAAGGUACUGAACAUGCUGGAAAAGAAGCCACUAAUGAGCAUACUGAAGCUACAGGAAUAGCUGAAGGUGCUGAGCAUGCUGAAACAGAAGCAACUGCAGAGCAUACUGAAGUCACAGAGGCAACUAUAGCUACAGGAAUAGCAGAAGGCCCUGAACAUGUUGGAACAGUAGCCACUGCAGAGCAUACUGAAGCGACCGGAAUGGCUGAAGGUACUGACCAUGCUGGAACAGAAGCCAGUGCAGAGCAUAUUGAAGGCACAGAGGCAACUAUAGCUCCAGGAUUAGCAGAAGGUACUGAACAUGCUGGAACAGAAGCCACGGCUGAGCGAACUGAAGGCUCAAAGGCAACUAUAGGUUCAAAGGGAACUAUAGCUACAGGAAUAGCAGAAGGCACUGAACAUGCUGGAACAGAAGCCACUGCUGAGCAUACUAUAGCUACCGGAAUAGCUGAAGGUACUGAACAUGCUGAAACAGAAGCAACUGCAGAGCAUACUGAAGGCACAGAGGCAACUAUAGCUACAGGAGUAGCAGAAGGCACUGAACAUGUUGGAACAGUAGCCACUGCAGAGCAUACUGAAGCGACCGGAAUGGCUGAAGGUACUGACCAUGCUGGAACAGAAGCCAGUGCAGAGCAUAUUGAAGGCACAGAGGCAACUAUAGCUCCAGGAUUAGCAGAAAGCACUGAACAUGCUGGAACAGAAGCCACUGCUGAGCAUACUAUAGCUACCGGAAUAGCUGAAGGUACUGAACAUGCUGAAACAGAAGCAACUGCAGAGCAUACUGAAGCCACUGCUGAGCAUACAGAAGCUACCGGAAUAGCGGAAGGGACUGAACAUGCUGGAACAGAAGCUACUGCUGAGCAUACUGAAGGCACACAGGCAACUAUAGCUACAGGAAUAGCAGAAGGUACUGAACAUGCUGGAACAGAACCUAUUGCUGAGCAUACUGUAGCUACUGGAAUAGUGGAAAUUACUGAACAUGCUGGAACAGAAGCCACUGCUGAGCAUACUGAAGGCACAGUGGCCACUAUAGCUACAGGAAUAGCAGAAGGUACUGAGCAUGCUGGAACAGAAGCCACUGCUGAGCAUACUGAAGCUACCGGAAUAGCGGAAGGGACUGAACAUGUUGGAACAGAACCCACAGCUGAGCAUACUGAAGUUACCGGAAUAGCGGAAGGUACUGAGCGUGCUGGAACAGAAGCCACUGCAGAGCAUACUGAAGGCACAGGAGCAACUAUAGCUACAGGAAUAGCAGAAGGUACUGAACAUGCUGGAACAGAACCUACUGCUGAGCAUACUGAAGCCACCGGAAUAGCGGAAGGGACUGAAUAUGCAGGAACAGAAGCUACUGCUGCGCAUACUGAAAGCACAGAGGCAACUAUAGCUACAGGAAUAGCAGAAGGUACUGAACAUGUUGGAACAGAAGCAACUGCAGAGCAUACUGAAGGCACAGAGGCAACUAUAGCUACAGGAAUAGCAGAAGGUACUGAACAUGCUGGAACAGAACCUAUUGCUGAGCAUACUGUAGCUACUGGAAUAGUGGAAAUUACUGAACAUGCUGGAACAGAAGCCACUGCUGAGCAUACUGAAGGCACAGUGGCCACUAUAGCUACAGGAAUAGCAGAAGGUACUGAGCAUGCUGGAACAGAAGCCACCGCAGAGCAUACUGAAGUCACAGGGGCAACUAUAGCUACAGGAAUAGCAGAAGGUACUGAGCAUGCUAGAACAGAAGCCACUGCUGAUCAUACUGAAGCUACCGGAAUAGCGGAAGGGACUGAACAUGCUGGAACAGAAGCCACUGCUGAGCAUACUGAAGCCACAGUGGCAACUAUAGCUACAGGAAUAGCAGAAGGUACUGAGCAUGCUGGAACAGAAGCCACUGCUGAGCAUACUGAAGCUACCGGAAUAGCGGAAGGGACUGAACAUGCUGGAACAGAAGUCACUGCUGAGCAUACUGAAGCUACCGGAAUAGCGGAAGGGACGGAACAUGCUGAAACAGAAGCCAAUGCUGAACAUACUGGAGGCACAGUGGCAACUAUUGCUACAGGAAUAGCAGAAGGUACUGAGCAUGCUGGAACAGAACCCACAGCUGAGCAUACUGAAGUUACCGGAAUAGCGGAAGGUACUGAGCAUGCUGGAACAGAAGCCACUGCAGAGCAUACUGAAGGCACAGGAGCAACUAUAGCUACAGGAAUAGCAGAAGGCACUGAACAUGCUGGAACAGUGGCCACUGCUGAGCAUACUGAAGCUACCGGAAUAGCUGAAGGUACUGAACAUGCUGGAACAGAAGCCACUGCAGAGCAUACUGAAGACACAGAGGCAACUAUAGCUACAGGAAUAGCAGAAGGCACUGAACAUGCAGGAACAGAAGCUACUGCUGAGCAUACUGAAGGCACAGAGGCAACUAUAGCCACAAGAAUAUCAGAAGGUACUGGACAUGUUGGAACAGAAGCAACUGCAGAGCAUACUGAAGGCACAGAGGCAACUAUAGCUACAGGAAUAGCAGAAGGUACUGAACAUGCUGGAACAGAAGCCACUGCUGAGCAUACUGAAGCUACCAGAAUAGCGGAAGAGACUGAACAUGUUGGAACAGAACCCACAGCUGAGCAUACUGAAGUUACCGGAAUAGCCGAAGGUACUGAGCAUGCUGGAACAGAAGCCACUGCAGAGCAUACUGAAGGCACAGGGGCAACUAUAGCUACAGGAAUAGCAGAAGGCGCUGAACAUGUUGGAACAGAAGCAACUGCAGAGCAUACUGAAGGCACAGAGGCAACUAGAGCUACAGGAAUAGCAGAAGGCACUGAACAUGCAGGAACAGAAGCCACUGCUGAGCAUACUGAAGGCACAGUGGCAACUAUUGCUACAGGAAUAGCUGAUGGUACUAAGCAUGUUGGAACAGAAGCCACUGCUGAGCAUACUGAAGCUACCGGAAUAGCGGAAGGGACUGAACAUGCUGGAACAGAAGCCACUGCUGAGCAUACUGAAGGCACAGUGGCAACUAUUACUACAGGAAUAGCAGAAGGUACAGAGCAUGCUGGAACAGAAGCCACUGCUGAGCAUACUGAAGCUACCGGAAUAGCAGAAGGUACUGAACAAGCUGGAACAGAAGCAACUGCAGAGCGUACUGAAGGCACAGAGGCAACUAUAGCUACAGGAAUAGCAGAAACCACUGAACAUGCUGGAACAGAAUCUACUGUUGAGCUUACUGAAGCUACCGGAAUAGCGGAGGGUACUGAAUAUGCUGGAACAGGAGCCACGGCUGGGCGUACUGAAGGCACAGAGGCAACUAUAGGUUCAGAGGGAACUAUAGCUACCGGAAUAGCGGAAGGUACUGAGCAUGCUGGAACAGAAGCCACAGCUGAGCAUACUGAAGCUACCGGAAUAGCGGAAGGUACUGAACAUGCUGGAACAGAAGCUACUGCUGAGCGUACUGAAGCUACCGGAAUAGCUGAAGGUACUGAACAUGCUGGAACAGAAGCCACUGCAGAGCAUACUGAAGGCACAGAGGCAACUAUAGCUACAGGCAUAGCGGAAGGCACUGAACAUGCUGGAACAGAAGCUACUGCUGAGCAUACUGAAGCUACUGGAAUAGCGGAAGGUACUGAACAUGCUGGAACAGAAGCCACUGCUGAGCAUACUGAAGGUACAGAGGCAACUAUAGCUACAGGAAUAGCAGGAGGUACUGAACAUGCUGGAACAGAAGCCACUGCUGAGCAUACUGAAGGCUCAGAGGGAACUGUAGCUACCGGGUUAGCAGAAGGUACUGAACAUGCUGAAACAGAAGAAACGGGUGAGCGUACUGAAGGUACAGAGGGUACUAUGGCUACAGUAAUAGCAGAGGGCACAGAGGGGACUGAGGCUAGUGAAACUGUUGAAGGUGCUGGAACUAGAGGUACAGGAGCUACAGAAGGUUUUAAAUAUGUUGAAACUGAAGCGACAACCGAACAUGGUGAAAGUACAAAAGGGGCUAAAUCUAGUGAAAUAGCUGAAACUAGUGAAAAUACAUCGAGCAUAAUAGGUGCAAAAGGUACUAGAAAUACAGAGUUGGCGUCUGUAUUUGUCACAACACAUGUCAAAAAUGAUCAUAAUUUAACAACACAACAUAUGCCUAAAGUAACUGAAGUCAGUGAAGCCGCAAAGGAGGACGAAUUAUUUCACUUUUCCAACGGGCAAGGAGGUAGUACGAUAUGUGAGCUAUGCUCUGAAACUGCAUCAGGACAGGGAACUCAUGGAAAGUCGAGUUCAAAAAGUCAUGAAAACCAUAAAACGUCUACGAAACAACGUGAGGGACUAAAAACUACAGAAAUCAGUGAAGCGCGAGAGACGUCAAGUGUAGAAAGUCGUAAAAAACAUAAAACGUCUACAAAACGGCAUAAGGAAGUUGAAACUACAGCGUUUGGUGAGAUUCAAACAGCGUCAAGUUCGGAAAGCCUUAAAAUAUCUACGAAACCUUACGAAGGUCAAGAAACUACAGGACUUAAGGAGACAGAACGUCACGGAGAACGUUCCACAGAACAUGAAGGACUAGUCACCACAGAAUUUGGCGAAACGCAAAAUGGGUCAACUUCCGAGCGUCUUGAAAAAUCAACAAAACCUCUUGAAGCGCUAGAGACUACAGAAUUUGGUGAAACCCAAAGAGAAUCGGGUCAUGAAGAACAUGGAACAUCUACAAAACAACACGAAGAAUUAGACACUACAGAAUUUGGUGAGACACAAAGAAAGUCGGCUUCUGAAGGUCCUAAAGAGUCUACAGAACAGCACGAGGAACUAGAAAGUACAGAAAUUAGUGAAACGCCAAGAGAAUCGGGUUCAGAAGGUCAUGAAGGACAUGGAACAUCUACAAAACAACACGAAGAAUUGGACACUACAGAAUUUGGUGAGACACAAAGAAAGUCGGCUUCUGAAGGUCCUAAAGAGUCUACAGAACAGCACGAGGAACUAGAAAGUACAGAAAUUAGUGAAACGCCAAGAGAAUCGGGUUCAGAAGGUCAUGAAGGACAUGGAACAUCUACAAAACAACACGAAGAAUUGGACACUACAGAAUUUGGUGAGACACAAAGAAAGUCGGCUUCUGAAGGUCCUAAAGAGUCUACAGAACAGCACGAGGAACUAGAAAGUACAGAAAUUAGUGAAACGCCAAGAGAAUCGGGUUCAGAAGGUCAUGAAGGACAUGGAACAUCUACAAAACAACACGAAGAAUUGGACACUACAGAAUUUGGUGAGACACAAAGAAAGUCGGCUUCUGAAGGUCCUAAAGAGUCUACAGAACAGCACGAGGAACUAGAAAGUACAGAAAUUAGUGAAACGCCAAGAGAAUCGGGUUCAGAAGGUCAUGAAGGACAUGGAACGUCUACAGAACAACACGAGGAACUAGAAGCUACAGAACUUGGUGAGACAAAAGAGCAGGCUGUUUCUGAAAAUUUUGAAAAAUCUACAGAGCAUGAGGAAUUAGAAGCUACAAAAUUUACUGAAGAAAACGGAACAAAUGAAGGCGUUGAACAAUCCACAGAGGCGAAAUCUGGUCAAACCAAAACAAUGGUAAUUAUCGUAAACAAUUCUGGUGAAAAACUGAAAAAAAUUAAUGAAACACUGUUAGAAAAUCUGCUCAAGAAACCAGUUUCCGAUUUGAAUUUGGAAUACCUGGAUUUAAACGAAUCUAAAGCCCCCGAAGCACAAAAGGCAGAACCGAAAGACCUCAAAAACGCUUUAGGCAGCAUUCCAACAGCAACUUGCGAGGAAAAAGAUUUCGAUUCCAGCAACAACUGCCUUUGUGAUAUAGAUUCUUACAUAUCGAACGCUGAGGACAAAAUGGAAAAAGGAAACCUUGAUUUGAAGGGGUAUCACUGCGGCAAAUUUGUAAGGCUCAAAGAAGGAUUAGUGAUUGGAAAUAAUUCAAAACCUGUGAAAAGGAGGAGGAGAAGCCUUCUAUAUUUGAGCAAUUUAGGUAGCAAAUCGGACGUUAUUGAAAAUGAUGAUAUAGAAAACGUAUUUAAUGAAGAAUACGACCUUCAGACGUCCGAGAAACAUAUUUUAACACUUCCUGGUUCGGACGUUACAAUACCAUGUUCGAACAAUGCUGGUGACGUGGACGAUAAAGGAACCAAGUACACUUGGAAAUUUAAAAGCAAUGACUCCCAUAAAGGUGACCCCUUGCCCGGAAAUCAAGACGUCCUGGUGAUACACAAUGUGGAAAUAAGGAAUCACGGCAACUACAGUUGCACCAAGACCAGCGGCAACAACGCAAAGGAGUCUUUCGAUCACGAACUGGAAAUCAUCACGUUCCCCAUGUAUAAGAUAAGCAUCCAGACCUUCUACGCCGUCAACGACAGCUGUUCCUUGGGGGACGGAGAUAUUUUGUACACGUAUUUGCCGGACCUUAUGGGCUCGCUUUUGUGCGGGCAGAGUCGACGGUUGUGCAAAGUCGACAUGCAGAGACCGCGGUGCAUAUCAAAGGAAGAAGACACCUUCUUCAACGUAACUCUGACGGCGUCAAUGAACCCCGUAAGUAACAUAUUCCCGAAAGCGGACGGCUCAAAAUGUGACAUUAACUGCAAGUUGAAGGUCUACGACAGUAUGGUCGGACUCGUUCACAAAAACGCAGAGAUGGUCCAGGAGCUACCUGUGCUUUCUGAACUAACUGAAACUCUGAGUUUCACUCCGAGGAAAGCUGUUUCCCAGAGCACUUCCAACAUAAACACAAAACCGCCGAAGAUAAUCACCGCUUGCCAAGGCGGCUUUGGAGUCGAAAAGGAAAGACAAAGGGUUUGUGUCGUAUGUCCGAAACAUACAUAUAGCGAAGAUGACGAAGCUUUCUGCAAAUUGUGUCCUGCUGGCCAGUACCAACCAAACCCAGGAUCAAAAACUUGCAUUGUCUGCUCAUCGCCCGUAGACGAUUCGAUGUGUCUUCGAAUGUUGUACUCCGACACAAAACUGUUCAAAAUAUACGUCGGUGUAGCUUUCGGGAUGGUCGCGGUAAUAAUCCUGAUCCUGGUCUAUUGGUCCAGCAGUGGAAGGGGACACAAAGACUCCGUUCGUUUCGAAGGUUCCCUGAAACACCGGGCUAUGAAAAGAAGAGAUAUCGACAUCGAGACUGCUGCUUUGGAACCUCUUUUAAAUGAUCAGAAUGCCCAGAAGAAACGAAGACUCACCCCACCGAAAGUACCUCCCCCUGACUUUUGA